UGGCAGUGUGGCAUCACCUGCAUCCACGGUUUAUAAACAAACAUUGAACGCACACGCAGUACGAAAAAAACUGGUUAAGCCCCAGCCCCGCAAUCUAAUCGCUGCGAGUCCCCGUGUUCCGCAUUCGCAUCCGCCACCGCACCCGCACCGAAUCCCAGUCCAAAAUGCUGAAGAUCGCCGCCGAGGGAAUCGCGCCACGUCUGGUGGCCUGUUGCUCCAUGGGAGCCACCAGUGCCCAGAGCAGCUGCCAAAGGAUCGCUCCCCAGGCGGCCAAGGCCACUCAGAAGUACCUGUCGCAGUCGCAGAGCCUCCUUAAGAAGCUGGUCAUCAAGGAUCACUACGAGUUUGAUCAGAAGGUGAUCAACAGCGACAACCCGGUGAUCGUGAACUUUCACGCCGAGUGGUGCGAUCCCUGCAAGAUCCUCACGCCCAAGAUGCUUGAACUUCUGGAGAAUUCUAACGAAAUCGACCUGGCGGUCAUCGAUGUGGAGACGAAUCUGGAUCUCGUUGAGACCUUCGAGGUGAAGGCCGUGCCCGCAGUGCUGGCCUUCAGGAACGGCGUUGUGGUGGACAAGUUCAUUGGCCUGGUGGACGCCAACAGCAUCGAGACGCUGAUCGACAAACUGAAGCGGAAGCAGCAGCAGAAGCAGUAGCAAAAUGCGGGAAGUAUAAGUGGGUCUGGGAGGUCAUGAUUUUACACAAGAAACGGGAGACUGUUACUGCGAUAAAGCCCAAUACCGAGGCAGGAAUUGCAAUCAUCGAUGCUGAAAGAAUAUGCACAAAAUACUUUAUUAUGCAAUAAAACUAAUAUUAAUUAUGGCUAUUUUUAACUCACA